AUGCACUUGAGCACUUGCAUCAUCCUCACUGGCCUCCUCUCCAUCGCCGCCGCAGAGAGACUCGGCCCCCUACGCAUUCGCGCCUCUUCCACCUUCCCCAUUCCCGCCAGCAAAGGCUCCAUAACCUACUCCGAACCAAAAUCCAUCUCUGGCACCUUCGACGGCGGCUACAAAACCUACGGGCGCGGCGUCUCCUGCAACGGCCAAACCGAAGGCGGAAACUCGGACGCCGUAUUCCUUCUCUCCGACGGCGCGACCCUCAAAAACGCCAUUAUCGGUGAAGAUCAGAGUGAAGGUGUGCAUUGUUUGGGUGCGUGUACGAUUGAAAAUGUGUGGUGGGAGAAGGUGUGUGAGGAUGCGUUGACAUUCAAGGGCAAUGGUGAUGGUAAGGUUAUCGGAGGUGGAGCCAGGGGUGCAGAGGAUAAGGUUAUCCAACAUAAUGGUGUUGGAAGUGUUUCUAUUGAUGGCUUUACGGUUGACGAUUUUGGCAAACUGUAUCGCAGUUGUGGGAACUGUAAGCAGAAUGNNGGUAAGUGGACUUCUACAAGUUCUUUGACAGACGGAAAUACUGACAUGUCGUUUCUCGGCAGUGGUGCUAGAAAAGUCACUAUCAACAAUGUCAAGGCUACUAAUGGCAAGUACCUUGUUGGUAUCAACAGCAACUACGGCGAUACUGCUACUAUUACCAACACUUGUGCUUCCUCUGUCAAGCACAUCUGCCAGGAGUACAAGGGCACCAACAACAAUGACGAGGAGCCUUCUACUCUCUCUGAAGGUCCUUCUGACGCUUGCAUCUACGAGGAGUCCGAUGUUUCUGUCUGCUAA